UGUAUUAAACCAAAAAGAAAUCAUAUGGAUUAGUUUUACGAUCUCUUUACGAACUUGGCGUCAAAAGUGGUAGCUGUCAAUGGCGAGAGCCUACAUUUUAUUAAAAUUAAAUCUUAAUUUGUAUUUUGACGAUGAACGAAUGUUUUGGUACAAAAUGAGGGGGAGUAAACAAUGACAGAAUUGUAGUUUGAUCUAGGCCUAUCUAUCACUUAGGCCUAUUGAUUUGAACCUAUAGGCCUAACUGAACAAGAAUUGAUAAGAAUAAUAAUAAUAAGUCUACCCGAAAUAAACAGUUGAUGGCAAGUAUCUUUUAGCAAAGAAGAACGAACAAGAAACGAUGUGUGUGUUGUAAAAUUUUCUAAAUGUUUAGUCACGGUUAAACUUCCUCCCGCAAGGUGGCGCCAUUUGCCCAUUUUUAUGUGUGGUCUGAAAUGAAUCACUCUAGCCAAGAGUCCUUCAAUUGGGAGGAACUUAAACUUGAAUCUCAAAGUAACCUUCUGCCCGGUAGACAUCUUGAUCUUAAUAUUUGUCACAUCAAAAACAUUUUUUGAGAUGCAUUAUGCAAAAAACUGUAACAAUUUUCACAGUGAAUGUGUUUCUGAUGCUGUUAUCGACACUCCAAUGUGCACAUCUUCAUAUGAUAAAGGAUACUUGAUCAGACACUCUUACACUCUUACAUUCAGCUGUUUUGAAAGGCAAAUUUGUCUCGAUCUGUGCUGCAGGUUCAGAUUAUUAGAUAUACAGCAUUGUCCAAAAGCAUCCAAAUGGGAAAUGAAUACAAAUUUGAAUAGAUAAAAGUUUAAAAGCAGAGGUAAGACCCUUAUCGAAAAGAGUGUCUCUAGGUGAACUGAUGUCGGACUCAUGAUAACCUGCCAUGAACAGAUCCUAAGAGAAAUUGACCUAUACACCUCCAUUUGAAUAUUCAUUUCGUGAAUAUUCAAACGUGAGCAAUUUGAGUUGCAAAAAUAAAACUCUUAGAUUUGCCUUAUUUCCGCCUAAUUAUUCUGCUGCCUGUUGGCACACUUUGGAACAAAGAAAGUCAGCUGCAUAUUGAUUUCACACUGACGUUCCAGCCAUGACUCUGUACAUCACUCUGGGUCUCAUCGCGCUUUCUUUCUCCACAGGUAUGUGUGUUUCUUUUUAGGAUUCUUACUUGAUGAAAUGACUACAUUUUUGUAUUUAUGAUCAAACAGUUCACAAUGAGAUGAGAUGAUUUGAGAUGCUGAUACAUAAAACAAAUGCAUUUUUUAAUUGUUUUACUAUGACAUUUCUUUAUGUUUCAGUAUUCGCUCUGAGAUGCUACCAGUGCCAAUACAAAUACAAUUCAUCAUGCAAGCAAAAUCUAACUAAUUGUCCUCUUCAAUGCGGCUCCAUCACUGUAAACAACAAUGGCAGUACAUUAGAUAGCAGUGAGAAAAACUGCACAGAUCCUGCCCUGUGUGUUACUGACGCCAUACAUUUGGGACAAAACCAAAUGACCUUUAAUCCCCAAUGUUGUGACACAAACCUCUGCAACACUGAAGAGGCUCCAGCUUUGCUGCGAUACAAUAGGCUGAUGUGUUACACCUGUGACAUAUUCAAUAAAGACUGCUCAAACAUUGUGACUUGUUCAGGUGACCAGAAAAAGUGCUUCAGUACAGAAGUUGACAUUAUUGGCGUGAAUACGAAAGGAUGUGCAAGUGAUAUAAUAUGUGGGAACUCUUUAUUAAAUACCCUGGGCUCCAUGUCUGGCACUCGGAUGAGAUGCUGUGAGGGAAUCCUGUGUAACAGCGGUCAGGGUUUGAAACAGAGGCUCUUCCUGUUCCUGCCGCUGGUGACUCUUCUCUCUCUCCUUUUCCUCUGAGAUGUGUCCUGUUUAUGUUUCUCUGGAGUUUUUGUGCUUUAUUGACAUACAGUAAGACACUUAUGUAAUAGAUGAAGUAUGUAGUAUGCAUGUGCCACUUCUCUUUUUACAUUACAUUAUGGUUUUGGUGAAGGAAAAGUUUCUUGGUUGUAUGCAGAAUAUUAUUUUAUUUAAUUUACUAAAAUGAAUCCAGCUUUAUUUAAAAUUAAUAUGUCUUUUAUUCGGGAGGGGGUAGAUGGAUUGAACACUAAGGAAAGUAUAUUAUAGGCUACUAAAUUGCUUUAUUUAUCUAUUGUUUAGCUAUGUGUGUUUCUAAUCAAUUUUUUCAUACCAAGUUGUUCAUUUGAUUAAAACUAAAAAACAAUUUCUACUUUUUAAAAUGGC